UUCUCACGAAUGCGAGUGCGUGUACACACACAGCCACAAACACAUGCGCGCUCUGCCGAUGUUGAGAAGGGUGGCCGACGCACGUAAAAUGUUUCUUCGCACGGCUUUUGCACACUCACACGCUCACUUGCAAUCGGAACGUCGCGCCGAGCGGUUGUGCGUGCUGUGUGCUGUGUACUUGCCCGUACUUUUCACGCACGGGAACGAAAACAAUAGCGGGGAAGGGCAUACAACAACCGAAAAAGUCAGUGUUGUUUGUUCACAGUCGAACAGCGGGAACUGUGCUACGCGAUACGAGCUGCACGGUGUGAGAAAAGCAAAUCACAUUUUCCGUGCAGAAGAAAGCAGGAAAUCGAACAAGGUGUUGUAGAGCGCCGCCGGUGUUGUUUAGCAACGAAGUGAGUACGAGUGAAAAAUUCGAUAACUAGUGAACGCGUGAUAAGUGUGCGAGAACGAGAAGGAAACAGAACGGGAAGAGGAACGUUUCGAAGACAUUCCCAGACGGCGGCGGUGGUGCUGGUUGGUUUUAUUUGGGUAAAGAAAAAGUAUGAAAUAUGCGUAGCUUGUGUGGCGUUUAGUGAAGAGCGAAAUAAAAAAAAAAGAUUAAAAUUGGCAAAUCGGAAUGCCAAAGUGAGCGGAAGAGAAAAAGCCGAGUAAAAAAAACUGGCGUCGUGAAAAUUCAAUUUAUCGUUCCUGCCGGCGCUUGUUUGUUGUGUAGGGGCUUGAUUUGUGCGGUGCGUGUUUUUUUUAUUAUUUUGCCUGUGCCCUAGCGGCACCCGGGUGUGUGAGAAACAACGGAAAGCACUCAGCAUAAAUCUCACGGCGAAGCUGUUGGCCUUCGGGAUGAUACGAUAAACAUAUAGAUAUAUGCAAUCUCCUACGUCUCGGGCCAACGUUGGUGUCAAUUCACAUGGAGUUCCUUGCGAAGGCAUAAGCUAAUCGUGUGCACCAUUUUCGGGGAAACCGUUUGACAUUUACGGAUACGCUGCGUGAGACAGUUGGUGUUGUGUGCGCGUGCGAGUGUGUGCCAGAGGAUGGCAAAUCGCGAUGGAUGAUUGUGAGCAGCGUUUCUCGUUGCUGAUAAGUGGGUAGAUAAACGAAGAAACACCAUCAGCUGAUGACAGCUGUCAUCCGUGCAGCUUGAUCUUGAUCGUGUGUUUCGUGGUGAGAAACGUACGGAGAACUUUGAAAUCGUUUGAAAGAAGCUUUAGCUAAACGUGUGUGGUGUGAAAUGCUGACAGAAUGAAAACCCGGCACAAUUCUCAUCACAGUAGCAAGAGUAGCAACGGUUGCUACAGUAGCAGUAGUAGCAGCAGUAUGGCUUUGACGCUACCAGCCACAGAUGCCAUCGAUCGGCGACGAUGUAGUAGACCGGCAGUAGUAUCGUCGACGACCACAACAACAGUAGCAACCAAUGGCCGAAAUCGUCGGUGGCAGAGGCGAACGACGGCAAUCCACAGCAACCACAAUAACAGUACUGCUGGAACAGGCUGGCGAAGACGGGGCAGUAGACUACCACUCGUACUGGACGGUGAACCACCGCGGGAGGAUGACAGCAACACACUCACCAGCAAACGCCGCCGGUACAGAAAUGUAAACGCCCGGUUAAGAUGCUGCCUGCCCGGUUUCGGCACCAGUUCUGCCCUGACGAUCGCGCUAGUGAUCGCACUGCAGCUGGUCGCACUGCAACCGACCGUGCUGCACUGUGCCAAAACGUUCUACAUGCACUGGAACACGACGAACAGCAUCUUCCGGAUCGACAACACCGACCACAUCAUCGACGUGAACAAGGGCAACUCGCAGUUCGAGUACGACCAGGUGCAUAUCAUCUGUCCGGUGUACGAACCGGGCACGUUCGACAACGAAACGGAGAAGUACAUCAUCUACAACGUGUCGAAGGUGGAGUACGAAACGUGUCGCAUCACGAAUCACGAUCCACGCAUCAUCGCGAUCUGCGACAAACCGAACAAGCUGAUGUUCUUCACCAUCACGUUCCGCCCGUUCACGCCACAGCCGGGCGGUCUCGAGUUCCUACCGGGCAACGACUACUACUUCAUCUCGACCUCCUCCAAGGAUGAUCUGCACCGGCGGAUAGGGGGCCGCUGUACCACCGACAACAUGAAGGUCGUCUUCAAGGUGUGCUGCGCGGAUGAUCAGCAGCAGCAGCAGCAGCAGCACCACGGCCAUCUGCCCUCGAACGGAACCGUGCUCGGCGGUGGUCACUCGCACGACGGUUCCACCGGUGGCGGUGUGUCGAUCAACACCAACAACACUAUCUCGAUCGAUGCGUUCGAUCCGAACUCCCGGUUGUUGCCGCCCGCCAUCAACACCAGCCAGGGUAACAUCGUGCAGAACACCGUCAACUGGCCGGUGUGGAACGAUGGCCAGCAGCACCAGCAGCCGCCGCAUCUGCCACCGCACGUACGUCCACCGCCUGCAACGCCGGCCAUCAUCGGUGUGAACGGGCGGCACAACCAUCACUACACCGCAUCACCGCCCCGUACCUCGAUCAACAGCGGCACCGGGAUGGGUGCGGGUUCGGGCGGUUCCGGCGGUCUGUACGGUAACGGUAACCUUAAUAACCAUAACUACAACAUAAACAGCCCACCGUCCAAUGUGCAUCCGGGCCAGAGUAAACCGACGAAGAAGACGAAAGAGUACGACAAGCACCCGAACGAGGUGGUGAAGAAUGAGGAGCUUACGUACAACAAUGCCGGUGUGGCACAGUGUUCGACCCGAUCGGUUGUGGUGCUGGUGGUGGCCAUUUCGCUAGUGUUCGGUUGGACGUUUGUCACACCGAGCAGCAGCAGCGGCAGCGGCAGCAGUAGUUGGCGCUUGCUGACGAGCUGAGGAUUAUGUGAGUCAGGUGUAGAAGACGCAGGCCGAGACGCAGAUGAAGGAGAAGGCGGAGGUCACGCAGGCGAUGUACCACCACUACCAUCCGUCGCAGGUCCUGUCACGUCAUCCCUUUUGCUGCAGUAGCGCACGCUUGUGUGUGUGUCCUUACCUUCCUUCCUGCAAUUCCCGCAAUUUCCCCGAUACAAGAGGAUGUGAAGGAUUGAUGCUGGGGCCGGGUUGCCAGCUUUCGAAGGCAGAAGAAAAGAUGUCCACGAUCGAGCUGUCCUGGCUGCGAUGGCUGCAUGGAAUUAGACUCUUUUGCUAUCUUCACUUAGCACCUGUCCAGCAGAGAAGGCGGCAUGUAGAUAGGUCCUUUUUUUGUUAAAGGCAAACAGGAGACGGGUUACGUACGUUUACGUAACAUUAUCCCGUUCAUUAUAGUCACACGAGAAGAACGAACCCCCUCCCUUUUAAUAUAAACCCUUCACCCACGAUUCUAUUAGAAGAGCUAGAGAUGACGGUCGUCACACGGCGGUUUUUUUUUUAAAUAGUAGCUGCACGCAGUUUUUCUGAUUAGUGAAAAAUGGAAGAAGCGAUGUAUGUGUAUGUGUGUGAGUGCGCAUCCCUUUUGUAUAGGGUGGGGGCAGUUCCCUGAAUCCCUUUCCCCCACAGCCACCACAAACUAGCCCUACCUUUAAACCAUUCCCAUUCCAUUCAUCCCUACACCACCAAUUAGAAUCACACCAACCCAUGUAGUCGUGUAGUAGAGCAGAGUGAUAUUAAUUUAAAGCAAAACGAAACGAAACGAUAAAAAUAUGUAUGACAAGGAGACAACAACAACAAAAAAAACCCUUCGAGUUCGGAGCUGGAAGGAGAAAUUUGUUAUUUUAACAAGCGAAACUAAGUAGGAAAAACUAUGAAAAUUGGAACUUGUAAAAAAGCGACAAAAGCAAAAUCCCACAAAACAAAAACAAGAAAACGUCAUCCGUUUUUUUUUCGACCUCUCAAUUCGGCCCAAUUCGGAGAAAGAAAGUUAAAUUAAUUGUAAUAAUAAUACAUCACCUUAAGUGAGCCUAGCAAAGACGGAAAAACAAAAUUGAAUCCUAAACAGUACAGAAUUACAUUUUGCGCCAUACAUUUCCUUGUGCUCAAGGUGUUUAAAGGUAACCAAAGGUGUGUAGAGUUGGGGAUGUAUGAAGAAUUCGGACCAAGGUUAAUACAUUUAGUAUUUUGUGUAAGUUUGGAGUAUUUUUAUAGAGCAUUCAAGUUUCAUGCGUUCAUAUUUUCCAAAACAUGACAAACCAGAUAAAUAAAAUAGCUGUAUUAACCUUGAGUUGAUUGAUCGAUUAGAAACAGAAAACAAGUUGGACCACAAACACUGUAUUAGGAAAUGUCUUCUUAAAAUUUAUAAAACUUAUAUUUCAAAACAACCCAGAGAAAUGUAGUUCAAAACCAUCACCUAAAGCACCUUUAAACACCUUGGUUGCGUUUAUUUUCCCUUAAGUCAUUUCCAUCCCUCCCGAAGCCAAGCGUUCGCGAGAGAGCAUGAGAUAGACAUUGAAAGACUGACCACUUUCUCCCACCCUCUUCCCACAAUCCCCAACCAAAUGUAUUCGAUGGCAAAGUUAAGUGCAUCACAGAGAUUUUCCUAAUGUUUAAUGUGCGUUUUUCCUAAUUUUUGUCACUAAGAGCAACCAAUCAAUCCUCGAUAUCCCCUGACACCCUACAAUUUGUGUGUGAUUUAAAACUUAUAUAAAGCUUAUGGAAAUGUUCCUAGCGGAACGAUAUUAUGCAGCGAACACACUGUAGCACGCACUGUGUUUGCUUUAAGUUAUUUUAUUUUAUUGCCCAUAAAUCCAACAUUACCAUCCAAUAGUCAGACGGUAUAGGCACAACUCUUUGGCCGGAGUAUUAGUAUUGAAAUAGUAAAGAUGGUACAUUUUAUUGCUUUAUUUUGGAAAAAGAAACCCAAUUAAUGAGCUUAUUUUUAUUCUCUCUCAACCUCUAUAUCUAUCGUUGUUGGUUUGCUAUUAUCAGUAUUCGAACGGUAGUGCGGGGGCGGUUUUAUGAGAAAGCCAUUUUUCAGUACCAUAAACACACUCGUCAUCUCGUUGAAAAUCUUUCUAUGUUGCGGGCGAAUUUGGGAGUCGUCAUUAGUCGUUUCGGUUGCCGGCACUAUACUCUAAGUCACAUUGCGUGUAUGUCUCAUAUGUAAUGGAAAGUCCUGCAACAAAAUCCUUAUCGUCACACUGUCACACCAGCUACGGUUGAUUAUAGUUUCCACCUUUUGUAAGAGUAUAAGUGAAUGUAAUGUGACAAAGCAACUGGAAAAAGGAGAUAUAAACAAAACAAAAAAAACUAUGGUGGGAAAAAAACGUUGUGUGUAUAAAUAGUGUUCUAAAUCCUAACAACAACACACAAAAAACGAACAGACAGAAAAAAUGUAAAGUGUAGAUGAACAAAACAGAGGGGCAAAGGGAGAAAGAGAAAAAGAGAGAGAAGAAAGAGGAAAGAGAAAGCGAAACGUUAUUUCGGGUGGAACCUAUGUUUGAAGUUAAGUGAAAAGAAAAACCAAUAAUUUAAUAUGUCGAUUUAGUAGCGAGAUGGUUUGCUUUCUUUCCGAUGGUGUGUUUACCCAACGGGGAAAAAGGCGAAAACUCUGUCCUUCUUCUUUUAUGUUUAUUUUGUAAAUAUAGUGAAUAUUUUCGCAAAAAAUUAUCAAAACACAA